AUGGAUCUGAAUGGUGAGACCAGCACAAAGCGCAAGCGCAGCUCAGUCGCCGCCCCCGCGGAGCGUCCUGCCAAACACCUGAAACCCGAGAGCUCGGCAUUAACGCCCGGGGACGCGACGCCCGCGAACGGGACCGUCUACGAUGUCGAGGAUGAGGAGGGUACAAGCCGGUUGAUGCCUAUCGGCCCCGCUCAGGCGGAUUCGCCGGAGUGGCAGGCUACCAUCGAGAAGGUGGUCAAGAGCGUGGUGUCGAUCCAUUUCUGCCAGACUUGUUCGUUUGAUACGGACUUGUCGAUGAGUAGUCAGGCGACGGGGUUUGUGGUUGAUGCCGAACGGGGGUAUAUCCUGACGAAUCGCCAUGUGGUUUGUGCGGGUCCGUUCUGGGGUUAUUGUAUAUUUGAUAAUCAUGAGGAGUGCGACGUUCGUCCUGUUUAUCGAGAUCCCGUGCACGACUUUGGUAUUCUGAAAUUCGACCCCAAGGCGAUUCGAUACAUGGAAUUGACUGAGCUCAAGCUUCGACCGGAGGCGGCCCGUGUGGGCUGUGAGAUUCGAGUUGUGGGUAAUGAUGCAGGGGAGAAGUUGAGCAUUUUGUCGGGUGUCAUCAGUCGGCUCGACAGGAACGCGCCGGAGUAUGGUGAUGGUUACUGUGAUUUUAAUACGAACUAUAUCCAGGCCGCGGCAGCCGCUAGUGGUGGCAGUUCCGGCAGCCCUGUCGUCAAUAUCGACGGUCAUGCAAUCGCGUUACAGGCUGGAGGUCGCGCAGAUGGUGCGGCUACGGACUAUUUUCUUCCCCUAGACCGCCCUCUGCGUGCGUUGGAGUGCAUCCAACGCGGUGAGCCUGUAGCCCGGGGUACGAUUCAGACACAGUGGAUACUCAAGCCUUUCGAUGAGUGUCGUCGCUUGGGAUUGACUUCCGAAUGGGAGGCUGCUGUUCGCAAAGCCUCGCCGCAUGAGACCAGUAUGUUGGUGGCUGAAAUCAUACUACCCGAAGGGCCCGCAGAUGGGAAGCUCGAAGAAGGAGAUGUCCUGCUGCAGGUAAACGGGGAGCUCCUCACGCAGUUCAUCCGAUUGGACGAUAUCCUCGAUUCAAGCGUCGGGAAGACCGUACGUUUGCUGGUUCAGAGAGGCGGUCAGAAUGUGGAGGUGGAAUGUGAGGUUGGCGAUCUGCACGCCAUCACGCCAGACCGUUUUGUGACGGUGGCCGGUGGCACUUUUCACAAUCUGUCCUAUCAGCAGGCCCGGCUUUAUGCCAUCGCCACUCGAGGAGUGUACGUUUGCGAAGCAGCAGGCUCUUUCAAGUUGGAGAAUACCCUGUCGGGAUGGAUCAUUGAUGCUGUGGACAAACGCCCGACCCGGAAUCUGGACGAGUUUAUUGCAGUAAUGAAGACGAUCCCCGAUCGGUCCCGGGUGGUCAUCUUGUAUCGUCACAUUCGCGAUCUUCACACGCGGGGGACCAGCAUCGUGUACAUAGACCGCCACUGGCAUCCCAAGAUGCGAAUGGCCAUUCGUAACGACGAGACAGGUCUAUGGGACUUUUCUGAUCUUGCUGACCCCGUGCCGGCUGAGACUCCGGUUCCGAGGAAGGCUGAUUUCAUCCAUCUCGACGGUGUCAGUCAGGCUGCGGUUUCGGAUAUCGUGCGCAGCUUUGUACGUGUGUCAUGCACCAUGCCCUUGAAGCUCGACGGGUACCCGCAAGCCAAGAAAACCGGUUUCGGGUUGGUGAUCGAUGCCGAAAAGGGUCUGGUUGUGGUGUCCAGGGCCAUUGUGCCCUAUGACCUUUGUGACAUCAACAUCACUGUGGCCGAUUCGAUCAUUGUCGCGGCCAAGGUUGUCUUCUUGCAUCCUCUGCAAAACUAUACCAUCAUCCAAUACGAUCCCAGUCUUGUACAGGCUCCUGUUCAGAGCGCCAAGCUGAGCACCGAGUACAUCAAGCAGGGCCAGGAGACCAUCUUCGUGGGCUUCAAUCAGAACUUCCGAAUCGUGGUCGCCAAGACAGCCGUUACUGACAUCACCACCGUCUCAAUCCCCGCGAAUGCCUCGGCGCCGCGCUACCGUGCGAUCAACCUCGAUGCUAUCACGGUUGACACGGGCCUGAGUGGGCAGUGCACGAACGGUGUGCUGAUUGGGGAAGACGGAGUAGUCCAGGCUUUGUGGCUUAACUAUCUGGGAGAGCGCACUCCGAGCUCUCACAAGGAUGUGGAAUACCAUCUCGGUUUCGCCACGCCGGCGCUCCUGCCCGUUACAUCCAAGAUUCAGCAAGGGAUCAUCCCGAAGCUGCGAAUCCUCAACAUGGAGAGCUAUGUGGUUCAGAUGAGUCAGGCCCGCAUCAUGGGUGUCUCGGAGGAGUGGAUUCAGAAGGUAGCCCAGGCGAACCCAUCGCGGCACCAACUCUUCAUGGUGCGCAAAGUCGACUGUCCUCCGCCGGAGUUCACGUCCACUGCGGAUGCGUUACAGGAAGGGGACAUCAUCUUGACCUUGGACGGUCAACUCAUCACUCGCGUCUCUGAGCUGGACAAAAUGUACGAGAAGGAGGUUCUUGACGCUCUUAUCGUGCGUAAUGGACAGGAGAUGCAAAUGAAGUUACCGACGGUACCUACCGAGGACCUGGAGACCGACCGUGCCGUUGUCUUCUGCGGCGCUGUGCUGCAGAAGCCGCACCACGCCGUACGUCAGCAAAUUUCCAAGCUGCACAGCGAGGUGUAUGUCAGCGCAAGGAGUCGCGGUUCCCCAGCUUACCAGUAUGGCCUCGCGCCUACGAAUUUCAUCACCGCCGUGAAUGGCGUUCCGACGCCGAACCUUGACAGCUUUGUCAGGGAGGUCAGCAAAAUUCCAGACAAUACAUACUUCCGGUUGCGUGCCGUGACCUUUGACAACGUGCCAUGGGUUGUAACGAUGAAGAAGAACGAUCAUUACUUCCCCAUGUCGGAAUACAUCAAAGACCCGACUCAGCCACUUGGCUGGCGCACGGUAUCCCAUGACAGAGACAGGCACAAGGAUGGCAUCACCCCCGACGCAGCCAAUCUUAACCCAGACGCCAUGGACGAGGCGUAUGAUGAGUGCAAAGUCGGGAUUGAGUUCCUGCCGAGCACAAUGCGCAUCUGGGAAACAAGCAUCCUCAAAGAGAUCUACACUGAUGCUACAUCAACAAAGGCAAUCAAUGACUGGCUCGCUCGCGAGAACAAGAAGGACAAUGACGGCGGUUAUACCACAUUUUACAUUGGUGACCUUCAGGCUCCAGACGCCAGGCCCGUCUUACCGCAACAAUGGAUGCUCAGAGAUAGCGUGCUUCCAGCAUGGUUCGAGCAACAAAAGACAAAAUACAAGAGCGCAGUGCAGAAGAUCAACACCACAAUUACGGAAAAGCGGAAGACUCAGACAAGCCUUGGCAAACGGACCCUCCAUUACGUGGUAUCCGAUUCGGAAGACGAGGACGUUGCUCACAAAUGGGAACUACCAACUGACCUGUCGCUAUACAGUGACUGGGUUGCAUACCGACACGCAACCUGGGCGAAGCAAAAACCCAAAAGGCAGGAAAACAUACUUGACGUCUACAACAUCCCAAACACCAUUCCGACAGACAAUACCAAAUGUGUCUGUAUAGUCAAAGAUGAUAUGGGCGUCCAUAGUGACCAAGCUGAUGCUAACACAGAGGAUCAAGCAGCGAUGAUGGGAGACGAAAAGGUCUAUGACUCCGAUCAAGAAGAUGACAGUGAAGACAUUGAUAUCGGAGCACUUUCUCUCGCUGACAUUGAAUAUACAGACACCUUUGAGAAGGAUUUCUACUGCUCCAUACCAUCAUGCCUGUAA